CCGCACGCCGGUCGGAAGCGGUGGCCGGGCCGUCCUCUGCGGCCGAUGGCGCUGCUGGUUCCAGCCCUGGCCUCCUGCCCGGCUAUCCCAGGGGCUGCGGGAGAGCGGCCGGGCACUGCCGCGACCUUGUCCUUGUCCCUUGCCCUUGUCCCUGCCCUGUCCCUUGUCCUUGUGCUUCCCCUGCCCCUUGGCGCCUCAGUGCCGGCCCGCCCCAGCUGGGCGCAGGCUGCCGUCCCCCAACGCUCUCCUCCGAGCUCUCACCGUGUUCCCCACACUCUUGGGAAAAGGGGGAAAGCUUCCUUUUCUGUAAUUACUUUUGCAGGAAGGACUGUUUGUCUAAAGAAGUGUUUUACUGAGGGACAGCUUUUGAAAAUACACUUCCUGUGCUGCUUCCUUUCUGCCCCCCCUCUGCACUCUCUUGCAUUAACCUACCUAGUAAUUUGCACUUAAGUGUGAUGGGGGUGAUGUAAAAGUAGUUCUCCCUUCGGAUAGUGGAAUUAGUGAUGUGGGAUUGGGGGAAAGAAGAGAUGCAGACGUUUAUCUCAAGAGAUACUAUCCCAGGGCCAGUGGAGAGGAUGGAGAAUGAAUGGCUCAUUGGUUUUAAGUGAGAAGAGGAAGAAGUCGUGAAAAGUAGUGCUUGUUUUGCUCUGUGGAGCAAAGGAGGUUUAUAAAAAUAUGUAAACAUGUGAAAGGUGGGUGUCAAGAGGAUGGAGCCAGGCUCUUGGGGGUGCCAACCACUAGGACAAGAAGCUACACCUGAAUAUGAGGAAGAACUUCUUUACUGUGUGAGCGACCAGGCACUGGAACAGAUUGCCCAGAGGAACUAGUGAUUCUGAAGACUACCUGGUCAUGAUGGCUCAUGCUACUAUUUAUGUGGGUUGCACUGUUCCUCUGUUACUGAAAGGUGCUCAGAGCAGACUUUUUCCCUCUCAUUCUCCAUUGGGGGUGUUGAGACACUCUGCUUUUUGUUACUGCACAGGAAACGGCACAAUAAAAUCAAAAAGGAAAAUGGAUCACCUAGAGAGGACAGCAAAUAAUUUUCGACAGGAGGUAAUUACACAAGCAAAAGUGUGUGGAAUCACCAAUGAAUCAGAGACAGUCAAAAGGCUUCGUUUAGCAAUUACAAAUAAGGAUUUUACUUUCAAAGCAGGACAAUGGGUCGAUUUUUUUAUUCCUGGAGUAUCUGUAGUUGGGGGAUUCUCGAUAUGUUCAAGCCCUGGCCUGUUAGAACGAGAAGGAAUUCUAGAGCUGGCAGUAAAGCACACUGUUCAUCCUCCUGCUCACUGGAUUCACACUGAGUGUACUCUUGACUCAGAAGUGGCUCUGCGAGUGGGAGGUGAUUUCUUCUUUGAUCCUCAGCCUGGUGACUCCCCAGUAAACCUAGUGCUGAUAGCAGGGGGUGUUGGAAUUAACCCAUUGUUUUCUAUACUGCUGCAUAUAGCAGAUCUUCAUGGAUACCAAGAGGGUAAAGGAAAUAGACACAAAUUGGGAACAGCGAAGUUGUACUACAGUGCAAAAAAUACGAACGAACUCUUAUUUAAGAAAAAUAUUCUUGGUUUGAUGAAGGCGUUUCCUGGAAAGAUCACAUGUUGUUUCCACGUCACCCAGCAGCACUCACAGAUCUGUAAAGAACUGCAGCCACAUAUUACAGAGGGAAGAAUAUCUGAAAAGGAGCUAGAGAAACACGUAUCCAGUGAUACUUCAUGGUAUAUCUGUGGUCCCCCUCCAAUGAUAGAGUCUAUAUCCAAACUACUCACUAACAUUGGUGUUCCAAGAAACUGUGUUUUCUUUGAGAAAUGGUGGUAGUGACACCUGCUGAAGAGAAAAUUGUAUUAUUUUUUUCCAGCGCAUUUUGAUAAGCUAAAAUGUACAGAAAUGAACUAUGAAUCAUUUGGAAGAUUUUAAUGAAGAUGUCCUCUAUGAUGAAGGUGGUCCUUUAAUUUAACUGUAAUACACCUGUAAUACAGUGCUGCUGCUUUUGAGGGGAAAGAAAAGUGAUUUUAUAUUAAAGACAUUAACUGUU